GAUUACCAGCAGAAUUGGCCGGUCUCGCUUUCGAUGUGGCCGUCCAACUGCAAGCUGAUUGUACCGUCGGCGGCGUAUCUGCUCGUCGAAAGGGACGAGAACAAACAGUCUGAUCAGAUGGCUGCGAAUCUUCUCGCACCCCUGAAUCCGAACAGCCCCGGCGGGAGUAUUCGAUCUCAUCCCUUCUACGUUCAACAAUACUACAGGGAUGUUGUUGUCAGCGGCGUGGCUGCUUAUUAGAGAAAGGAGAUUGGAGAGUGCCAUUGGACCACCCAUAAACCUCCUUGCUGUCCUGUGCUCAGUAUCGCUCCGCCGAAAUGGUCAAUCUCAUUCCCACUUUGGCUAUCAAACUACAGGCAUGUCGUCGUCGGCACCGCGUCUGCGUGUGAUGAAAACGAAGAUGUGGUCUGACCACCCCUCUCCAUCGCCUCUGUGGGUACGACUACUCCACAUCUUCCAUCGCUUCGAAGAACACCUCUCCUUCACCAUCCUCCGACUCCUCCACCGUCUCCGCCACUUCGAGGCACUCCUGGCCCUUCCCGCUCUGGGUGUGACAUACCUCCAUCUGACCUGUCGACUUGCCUUUGCCAGGUCUGGAGAAGGUAUCUUGCACCUUCUGCAACUUGUGAAUGAAUUUCGCUGCUGCUGGCAAAAUAUUCUUGUUCCACUCCUCUUGCUGUCGAGUUAGCGCUUCUAAGGUGUCGAUCUGUUGGCUGACUUCUUGGAGGUUGCGGGUAGCAGAGGCUGUUGCUUCUUCAACCUGCGGGAUCAACCGGUC